UGAUUGAUUGAUUGAUUGGUUGAUUGAAUGUUUUCUCGUUUGCGAUAAUAGAAAGUAACAACUUUUCAUGCGUUUUCAAAUAUGUGAUCAAUUAUAGAAGGUUCUGCGAAAACACAUGAUGCGCGCAAUGCGCUUGCGUUUCGUAUCAUGAAAACUUCGAUUGUAAAUAAUUAUUUUGGUGUUAUAAUAUUGCACUGUUCAACAUGGUAUACCUAUACUGUGCCUUUGAGUUUUCGAGUGCAUGUAAGGGUAUGUGAAAAAUCCUUCAAUAUAUUUCCCCUGUCUUUAUUUCUACCUAUCUACACGUUAACGAGAAAAUGUGUGCUUGAGUUAGCGCUUGUAUACCAAUCAAAUGAGCGCACGACAAGCAGUAAUGCUAAUCCAUAUGACGAAAUGUCACUUACAUUGUAUAUAUAUAUAUUUCACAAUAAUAAAAUCCUGAUUUUAUUUGCAACAUAUUGGACCUUAUCUGUAGGCACAUUUCCAGCGAUGUUGUCCCGCAUUAGUUUUCCCUUUGUUGGUCACCUUUCCGGACGCUCGGGUAUUGCAUGUCUUUCUUCAUUUGAAGUUUCUGGUCUCGGAUUCCUUGUUGGUGACUGAUCCCAUUCUGUACUGAAGCCACCAGGGCGUAAGCCCUGACAAAAAUGAAAACCUUCUUGGGGAGGAAACGCUGCUUGAAAUACUCGUUCCGAAGCCCGCGUGUGAACCAGUCACGUAGCGUUACCGUCAGUGGCAGGAGUGACAGUUUCCUCACCGGAGCUACUGCGUUUGCCAAUUAUGACGUCACUUGAUAUCGGCGUAGCUGGUGUUAUCAGGCGCAUUGAGUUGCAGCAGUGCGCAGUCGGUCCCGUAACCUGCGUACCACAGAAAGUGACAAGAAGGCCGUGUUUCCCGUUUGGAUGUGGCAGGUCGUUAGCGUGUAAAUGAAAUGGUAGACGUGGGUACCAAUGCUAUGCUGCGCCGUUCCUGCCGAACUUCCCAUUCCGACAGGUGAAAUCCGUUGCUCGAGUUGCCGUGCUUUUUUGUUGUGUCGCCGAGGAAGCAGUGCGCAGUUUCGGCACUGCUGACUACGCAUACCGUGCCAUGGAUCUCGUAAGAGAGUUCGGUGAUCCCGACGUCCUGGUCCUCGCGGAAGACCACAUCGUCUUCAAGCUGGCCACUGCCUGGCCGCGGGACGUGGCGAUCCCCAAAAGACUCUCGCUCGCCGACGACGAUGGUCUCCUCCUGAUCGCGAACCAGAGAUGUCUGGUUUCCGUAGCGAAGAGCGGCUUGCCACGCGAGACGAAGAUCUCGAAGGCCCUGUUCUGCGGUUGCGCCUCCUUUGAGUCCUCGGACCGCUACGGCAGCGCUGCCAGCAAGUUGCUCCGAGACGCCGAAGAGAUAUGCAUCGUACACAACCGGGACAAGGUCUACAAGCUCGUUCGCAUGUUCCCGAACGUCAAGGUCCUAGCCCUAUCGCACGAUCUUUGCACACACGACUUAGAAUUGGACGAGCCCGGCAGGAACCGCUUCGAACCGCUAGUGGAACGAAGCCAGCUUAGGCUGCUAAUCGGAAACGCUGGCAGCGUGUGCGAUGGCAGCCUUCAUCUUAGUCGCGAAACUACGCUGGCACUCUUGCGCACUUGCCCUGACAUUCGUCGCAUUGACUGCCGCUGGGUCGCCAGUUGCUUCAUGCAACCGCGCGGCUUGAGCGCCGCUACCGAACGUCCAAAAGCAACGAGUUUCGUUCACCUCUGGCUCGUCUCUCCGGACCACAAGUUCGCCUUCGAGCCGCCGGGCGGAACGGGAGCAGUUGACGUCGCCCUAGCUGCAAAAAAAUUUCCUUCCAUCGAAAAGUUGCAGGUGGCUGUGGGUUCGAUGGGAACGCUCGCUAAGGUAUCGGCGUUCCGUCAGCUACGCAGCCUCAUGGUCGGACUCGGCCCAAACGUUGCCUGGUGCGACGUGGACUCUACGCUAAAUCGGCUGCUCAGAAACUUGCCUGAGCUCGAAGAGCUGGACCUCGAAAGUUGCGGCGGUCUGCAGUUCUCCACGAUCGCGAGACUUUGUCCCAAGAUAAAGAGGCUUAGACUCGCAAGCUGCAUGGGAUCCAUGGAAGACACCCCGGUGGACGGCGACGCGUUCCCUAACCUGGAGUGCGUCGAUAUGAACGUCAAGGUCCUGAAUGUCGCUUUCAGCUCCUUCUUGUCUGCCACUCGCGACACACUUCGCACCGCGCGCUUCGACGGCGAGGGCGCGUGCAUCGGAUUUCUGCAAUACUGCGCGCGGAACGGCCGGCGCUGGCCAUUUGCGCGUCUAGAACACCUCACCUUGGCCACGGAACACUCUCUGCGUGGGUUGCAACUCGACCCCGACGACCUGUGCGACGUAGCCAAGGCCUUGCCCGCGCUUCGACACCUGCAAACGGAUAGCGACGACCUGCGCAUGUUCUUCGAGAACAACUGCGUUCGUCGUGGUCGGGUGUCGUUGUCCCGGAUCGCAUGCGCCUACUGUAAAGCCAAUGAUCCAAGUGUGGCCAAGUGUGAGGAAUUGUUGGCUUUGUUUAAAUUGUUGGCUCCGCGUCAGUAAAGGAUACCUCGUUCUCGCUCGGUCAGCUGCCUGUAGCAUAGUAGCAUUUCGAAAAUGGUAUGUACGGCCAUAUGCAGUUGACCGUCUGCAGAUGUCUGGGUGCGGGAAUCUUCUCCGAAUAUUUUUGUGUGCCUUAGAUGCUCACGAGGUGAUCAGAACCGGUGCAGCUAUAUCUAAUCAGGCAACAGCGUUCCGUUUCAAAACAUCGUGUAAUCCUGCACGUGUUAACCGAGCAGUUAGACUUUAGUUAUUGGUCCUACAACGUAUAACUCAGCCAUACAUUUGAGCAAUCAACGUUUGGGGAAUCAUUCUUUUAGGUAAUCUAAAUGCCAGAAUGAUGGGAAUGCUCGGAGAAAGCUAGUUUAGACAAAAAAAUACAAGCGCAAAUUGUAUAAGGUGCGGCUUGGCAGAAAAAAUAUUCUCGGGAACACUGCUGACGGCUUAAAAAACAUGUUGUGUUGUCUUACCAAGCGUGUCACUCGUCCCUUGAGCAAAGAGUGUAGCGUCUUUCUAUUGCGUUGUCAUGGGUUAGUAUAGAGUCCGUUGCAAACGCAUCAAGGCCGGCGCAGGAAUGCGUCCAACCUCCGCGAGCUACCGCUAUGAGCGCUGCCCUUCGUGCGUGACAAUGGUUCCACAUUGGUGCAGAUGACCACAGCGGCCGUAGUCCUUAGAUCCGCUGGAACACAACGGUAAGGCUAACUGCGGCAUUUGAACUACUGUGACUGACUGUGCAAAUUCGAUUGCUGCACGCGACGCCAAUUUUCGACCGGCUGUGUUUCAAAUGUUCCGUAAAUACGUUGGUGCGUUUAUUGCAUUCCAGAAGACACAAUGAGGUAUCCGCAAGAAACAAGUUGGAGUAAAGCGCACUGUUAGAACAUGUCUCUGUCUCUUUUGUCGCCUAAGUGUAUGGUCUGUCUACCUUCUUCACGCAAGAGUGGCUAAUUCGAUAACGACAGUGUACCAAUGCAAUCUCUCCUUUGUUUCACUUUAACGUGCACACACUGGAAAAUGACGUGUGUAGAAGGAGUGACAACUGGCGAAGCUUGGCUACCUUGUGACUACAACUGCGCGCGGUAUCCCGUAUCGGCUGUUGGCGGUGUCCUUGCAUUAGUAUGCACACGUCAUGCUGCUGGUCAGGUUGUGCAAGUGAAGUGAUGGCUGGCAAAAGUUGAAUUGAGGAAUCGGCCAUAACCAAAAUAUGUUGACGAAAAUACGUUGACACAGCGCCAACACUCGGAAGGAGUGAAAUGAUAAUUGAUUUUUUUUUCUUUGUUUAGUGGCUCAUUGGUGAAAAUUUAUUGUAGGGCUUAUACUACUUUACACCACUUGCUUUACUGUGUAAAUGAUGCAACUAACGCGGCUCACACCCUGCGAAACAUCAUGAAGGAAAGAUAAAUGCCGUAUCCAUGCGCCCCAAGGGUGGGCCUUUUCCAAUACGUGUCGAAGAUUUUUUUAGAGUUCCACCUGAUAUAUAACGUUUUUGUAAAUCAUUGGUUGGGAGCUCGAAGAUAUUUUUGCUUUGGUCUUUUUGCAGUUCUGCGCAGUAAUUGCCUCCUCUUGUCUGUGCUAUUUCCCCACAUCAGUGUUUUCCUGUCAAUUUUCUUUUGUGGCAUGAGCUGAUCGCGCUUUCGCAAAUAUUCGCGUAAAGCAGUGCAAGUUAUGCUAUAUGAGUUAUGUAUAAGUUAUGUGCUCUUCCGUGCGCGCCUGCGACCCGCAUGCGCUUUGCAUUUCUCUGGCGAUUGGCCGAUACUAUAGCAGAGCCAUUCCUAUUGUAAUUUGCAGACCAUUGUUAUCUCUAUCACCAGCCUACGGCGUGCAGUGCACAUUGCUUUGUGUUUUACAUGCAGAAAUAUAUUUCGUUGCUUGCUGCAUGGGGGAUGCCGCAAGCGCGCGACAUUCCAUGUAGUCCUCUUAUCUCUCUCCCUAAUCCUUUAUUUCUUUGUAUUGUUUCAUAGAAAAAGCUACUCUUAUCUUGUAUGAAAGAACCAAAUAAAGUUGCAUCGCCUGUUCUUAUAACAUGUUA